CUAACACGGACACGUGCUCGUCGUCUGUCUAGGUGCCUGCUGCUAGGCUAGCUCUACACAUACUCACACGUUGUCUGUCGGAAAAUUAGCAGUUCUGCAGUCAAUAAAGCAAUAAUGCCUAAAGCAAAGAAGUCAAGCAGGAGGAAAAAGUUCGACUACGCUCAAGAUAGGAAGAAAAUGAAGAAGAAGUUGACGAAAAAGAGUGCCCCAAGAAUUGAAUGCCCACAGAUAAGACAUGCAUGGAACGAAAGGCAAACGGUGGCUAAGAAUUUGCGAGAUAUGGGUCUGGCCUUCGACCCGAACCGUGCUCUUCCUAUUAAACAGAGCUCCCUUGUCACGGAGAAGGAGAAGGAUGUUGCGGCUCCUUCAAAAAUUGUGCGGAAGCCGUACGUUCUCAACCAGCUGGUUGCGGAGGCCAACCUGCCUGUGAAGGACACCAAGACGUUAUCCAGUGACCUGAUCGAGUAUGUGCAGCACAUGGUGCGCCAGCAUGGAGAAAACUACAAGGCGAUGGCCAGGGACGAGAAGAACUACUACCAGGACACGCCGAAGCAGAUCAAGAGGAAAAUAGUCGAGUACAAACGCUGCCAUCCGGAAGAGUACGAAGCCUUCGUCCAAUCACAGUCCUCGGCCGGGAACGUUGUCUCGGUAUAGCAGGCACCUUACAGGCUGUGUGGGGUAGAGACUGUUUAUAAUGGACUGGGCUGGGCUGUUCAUCUGCUCAUGAGAGGGUGACUGUGGUCCGUAGAUAUGGUAUAACUAACAGAAUGAGAAGUGUUUCAGUUGUAUCAGUUUGGAGAAAUCACUUGAAUGUGUAAUGUCCCAAGAUGGCCACCAGAGGUCACCCGUAAACCCUGAGUGACUGUUCUCGUCAGGACAGUUGAUUAGGUGUUUUCUUUCUUUAAAAAAAACAAGACCUGGCCAUUCAUGUUCCAACAUGCUCCAGAACAAUCACCUUUAAUGUUAAACGUUUUCAAAAGUUCUUUUACACAAAUGAAGGUGCAGUAACACUGUCAAACAUCCAUAAAGACUGUUCGGGAAGAAAGUGUG